AUGUGGGGUAAAUAUGCUAUCCAUGGAAGUGGUGCUAUUUCAAACCUAAACCGUGAUAACUUGAACAUAUGCGUUCUGCGAUUUGUUAAGAUCAGUGUGUUCGAAGAUCGUUCUGUCUCUACUGCAUACGAUGUAAGUGAAGUUUUGAUCAAACCUGAAAUGGUAGAGGCAGAAGCCUUUUUAAAAUUGUUGAACAAGCAUGAUACGCAUAUAAAUUUGCUUCCUUGGAAUCCUGUUUGUCUUCUCCCGGAAAUUGGCGAAAAGAUAAAUUUUUUCACCCCUGUCCCUAUGAAAACAAUCAGUGAGGUGUUUGAGACCAAAAAGGCAGAGAGGUGUAUUGUUUAUUGUUCAAUUGCUGCCAUUGAUUACGAUAUCAAUUGGUACUAUAUGAGCUGCAAAUGCUGUGGUCAAAAAGUACCAUCUCCACCGCGCUAUCUCAUGUUAUAUGGAAACAAUUUGGGUGAUGAUUCAGAAAAGUACUAUUGCUCCAACUGUGACAUGUUUGGGCCAGAACUACAGCCAAGAUACAAUAUACAAUUGGUGGUACUUGACAAUACUAGGGACACAAACUUCCUUCUGCUUGACCGAAUUGCAGAAAAAGUACUAGGUGUCCCUUGCCAUGCAUUAACCGGUCCACUCACUGACGAGGGCACUCAUAAGACAAUCGAGACUGAGUAUUCUGCACAAAAUGGAAACCAGAAUAAAUACACUGAUGUGCAACAGCUUGGAUAUUCCGAAAAUCCAACUAAGUUCAUAUAUGAUGGUCAGCUGAAAGCAUGGAAGAAACGAAGUGGUUAUCGAAAGGCACCACGUUCGUCUUUGACGAAAAAGUUCAAGACUGAUAAAAGUGGCUGA